CAACAAUCCAAUGUGAAUGUCGAUUAAUUGUGUAGAGACUUUUUUACUCCAUGGAUGAAAUACAAUUAUCAAAUAAUUUUAAUUAUACAUCAAAAACUCUUACAACUCAAAUUAUUAAUGAAUAUGGCAAUUCAAUUAAUUCAUCUAUUAAAACAAAAAAACAUUAUUCAGGAAAAUAUUUUUUAAAUUAUUUAAAAAUAAUUUUUAAAAAUAUUGGUUUAACUUUAUUAUUAAUUUCAUAUUUAUGUAUUGGAGGUUAUAUAUUUCGUUCACUUGAAUUAUAUAAUGAAUCUCAUGAUUGUUUUGAACGUCAAAAUAAUUAUUUAAAAAAAUUAAAUUCAACAACAUUUAGAGUGAUUGGUAUAAUAAAAUCAAUUAAUUCUGAUAAUAUUAAUAAUACACAAACAUUAGAUGAAAUUAUUUUAAGUCUAUUAAAUGAAUAUGCAAAUGAUUUAUUUAUAUUAGAUAUGAAUCCAUCAACAAAUUGUACAGCUAUAUUGAAUACACCAGAUGGUUCAAAAUGGAAUUUAAUUAAUUCAAUAUUUUUUUGUGUAACUGUAAUAACAACAAUAGGUUAUGGACAUAUUGCACCAGUUACAUUUUGGGGCCGAAUAACCUGCAUUAUUUAUGCUAUUAUUGGUAUACCACUAAUGCUGAUCUACUUAGCUAUUAUUGGUAAUUUACUUGCAAGAGGAUUUCGUCUGAUCUUUUUAAAUUUGGUUUGUUGUCGAUGUUUUUAUGACAUAAUAAGACGUAAACGUGAACAACGUAGAAAACGUAUGCGCCAGUGGGAAGAAAGUCUUCGUGAACAUGAAGAAGAGGAGGCUAGACGAAGAGGAUUACCAUUACCUCCGAAAAAGAUUCAGUCAAAUAGCCAAGACGAUUAUGAUGACGAUUAUGAAAGCGACGACGAAGAUGAGAACGCUGAAGAGGUAAAACUACAUGUUCCAUUGACAGUCAGUGUUAUUGUUCUAUCCAUAUAUACAUUAAUUGGUUCUGUGAUAUUUCCAACAUGGGAAGAUUGGUCAACAGCUAAUGCUGCUUACUUCUCAUUUAUUACAAUAUCAACAAUUGGAUUUGGCGAUUUAGUUCCAGGGAAUGGAAGAUUUACUGAGCCUAAAACUGCAACUGAACUUCUUGUUGGUGGUUUAUAUUUACUAUUUGGAUUAGCUUUAUUAUCAAUGUGUUUAAAUUUAAUGAAAGAUGAAAUUAUUGCCAAAGUUCAUUAUAUUUGUAAUUGUAUUGGUUUAAAAAAUAAAAAUACCCACAAUGAUGAUGAUGAUGAGGAGGAGGAGGUGGUAAAUAAUAUAAAUCAACAAUUAGUUAACCAAUUUAAUACACCAAAAGAAUCAUCUACAAUCAUAACACAGAAUAAUCGUAAUGAACAAUUGAACAAUGAACAGCUGAAUAAAGAAACAACACAAUUAAUGAUUAAAACAAAAAAGAUUGAACAAUCUGAAACUAAUCAAACAAAAGAAUAUGAUAAUGAAGCAUUUCAGAAAGACAGAUAAACCAACUUUCUAUAUAAAAAAGAAAAGGAAACUAAAUGACCGGGUAGACAAGUUGAUUUAGUGAUUUCUUCAUUUUUAUCAUGUAAAAUUUACUAUAUAUACUAUUUGUUAAAUAAACCCUAUCGACUAAUACAUAUUUAAACAAAAUAUAUACAUGACAACAAAUUCUCUUUAUCAAUGGAUGAUUACUAAUUGUUGUGUUUGGUUUUAUCCAUAUUCGAAAAAGAAAAAAGGAACAGAUUGCAUGAAAAUACUACUUACUACUACUUAUUUUUAUUCAAUAUUUUUAAAGAUGAAUCAUUAAAGUGUUGUCGUUAUUAUCGUCUAAAGUUAUUUUGUUGCAUGCAUCAAUUUUGUGUUUGUUUUUAUAAAAUAUGCAUAUACCAUUA